CAACAACACCACCGUCAAAUCCAACAAACUCCCAAUUUCGGUCUGUAAACUACAAACUGAACGCUCACCUCUGACGAUUUCUUCUCAUACUCCUCUUCGGGCUUCAGAUUCCUGUCUUUUUGCUCGCUACUGAACAAGGCAGAGCGUAACUACUGCCUUCACGACCCACCACUCACGAGUGCCUUUGAGCCCGCCGCAGAUCUACCAUGGCUCAGGACGAACUGCCCGCCGCCGACAAGGGCAAGGGCAAGGCGAUCGAGAAUGGCAAGCCCGAGGAAGUCAAGAAGGACAAAGAUGGCAAGCCCAUAGCAAAUGGAAAGAAGGAAGAUGAGAAGGAUGAGUCCACAGAAGAGCUCAGCGAGGAGGACCAGCAGCUCAAGAGCGAGCUUGACAUGCUUGUCGAGCGGUUGACAGAAUCUGACUCCUCGCUCUACAAACCGGCUUUGGAGGCCAUGAAGAACUUCAUCAAGACGUCUACAUCCUCAAUGACCGCUGUGCCAAAACCAUUGAAAUUUCUCCGACCACACUACGAAACAAUGACCAAGCUAUACGAAGAUUGGCCCGCGGGCGAUGACAAGGUUUCAUUGGCAGAUGUACUGUCGGUGAUUGGAAUGACCUUCUCAGAUGAGGACCGACAAGACACCCUGAAGUAUCGACUGUUAGCACCUACACAAGACAUCGGUUCUUGGGGGCACGAGUACGUCCGGCAUCUCGCUUUGGAGAUCGGCGAAGUCUAUGCAAAGAGGAUUACGGCAGAGGAGUCAACUGACGACCUCGUUGAUCUUGCACUGCUUCUGGUCCCCCUCUUCCUUAAGAGCAAUGCGGAGGCCGAUGCUGUCGACUUGAUGAGCGAGCUCGAAAUCAUAGAGAGGCUUCCGGAAUUCGUCGACGACAACACCUAUUCCCGGGUCUGCUUGUACAUGGUCUCCAUGGUCAACCUCCUCACAUACCCUGACAACGAAGUCUUCCUGCGUGUGGCUUAUGACAUAUAUAAGGACUUUGGUCAAGCCACCCAGGCUAUGGUCUUGGCUAUCCGGCUCAACGAUACUGAACUCAUUGAGAAGCAGUUCGAGGCGACCACGGACUCCACCUUGAAGAAACAGCUUGCCUUUCUCAUCUCAAGGCAGCGGAUAUCGCUCGAGUGCGAGGAGGAUGACCCAGAGGUGCAAGAGUGCCUCAGCAAUCUGCGCAUGUCGGAGCAUUUCAAAACUCUUGGCAAAGAGCUCAACAUUCUCGACCCAAAGACCACUGAUGACAUCUACAAGAGCCAUCUGGAGAGCAGUCGCGUGGCUGGCAUGACCAAUCUUGACUCGGCCCGCCACAAUCUGGCUUCAGGCUUCGUCAACGCCUUUGUCAAUGCUGGAUUCGGCAAGGACAAGAUGAUGCUAACCGACAAAGACUCAAACAGCUGGGUUUGGAAAACCAAGGACGAGGGCAUGACGUCGACGGUGGCAUCCCUCGGGACUCUGCUCCUGUGGGAUGUCGAGAACGGUUUGGACAAGAUCGACAAGUACACCUAUGCUGAUGAGCCUCAGAUUGUGGCCGGUGCUAUGCUGGCUAUCGGUAUCAUGAACGCCGGCGUCAAGAUGGACUCCGAGCCGGUGAUGGCCCUGCUUGCAGAAUCUGAAAAAUUGGAGAACCCCAACCCCUUGAUCCGGGUCACCUCGAUAAUGGGUCUCGCUCUCACAUACGCCGGUUCCAACAAGGAGGAGCUGCUUGCUGACAAGCUGUUGCCCAUCAUUACCGACACUACCCAGGACAUGCAAGUGUCAGCCAUGGCUGCCCUCGCCUGCGGUUUGAUCUUUGUCGGCUCCUCACACUCAGAUGUAACCGAGGCCAUAAUAACCACUCUGAUGGACGAGGAGCGCCAGAGCCAACUAAAGGACAAGUGGACCCGUUUCAUGGCUCUUGGACUUGGCCUUCUCUACUUUGGAAAGCAGGAAGAGGUGGACGUAGUUCUCGAACUUCUCAAGGUCAUAGAGAACCCUGCGGCCAAGGCGACUGCUGUUCUCGUGGAGAUCUGCGCCUGGGCCGGAACUGGCGCUGUGCUCAAGAUCCAGGAGCUUCUGCACAUGUGCAACGAGCACAUGGAGGACUCCGAUGAGAAGAAGGGAGAUGAGCUGCUGCAGUCAUAUGCAGUCCUGGGUAUUGGUCUGAUUGCGAUGGGCGAGGAAGUCGGUCAAGAGAUGGUACUUCGUCAAUUUGGUCAUUUAAUGCACUACGGCGAGGCCAACAUCCGACGGGCAGUACCCCUCGCAAUGGGCUUGAUCAGCCCCAGCAACCCUCAGAUGAAGGUCUACGAUACUCUUUCACGAUACAGCCACGACAACGACAAUGAUGUCGCGAUUAACGCCAUCUUCGCCAUGGGCCUCCUCGGCGCCGGCACCAAUAACGCACGGCUGGCACAACUGCUGCGCCAGUUGGCAAGCUACUAUCAUCGUGAGAAGGAUUCGCUGUUCAUGGUGCGAAUCGCACAGGGCCUGCUGCACAUGGGCAAGGGCACGAUGUCCCUCAGCCCCUUCCAUACUGACCGCCAGAUCCUGUCACGGGUCUCCGCCGCUGGUCUGUUGGCGGUCAUUGUGGCCAUGAUCGACGCCAAGCUCUUCAUCACCAAGGACUCGCACUACUUGCUCUACUUCCUGGUCACAGCCAUGCACCCGCGGUUCCUCGUCACCCUGGAUGAGAACCUCAAGCCACUGACCGUAAAUGUACGUGUCGGUCAGGCUGUCGAUGUCGUGGGCCAGGCUGGUCGACCCAAGACCAUCACUGGCUGGCAGACACAGAGCACUCCGGUCCUCUUGGGCUAUGGAGAGCGUGCUGAGCUUGAGGAUGAGGAGUACAUCAGCGUGAGCAAUGUGCUUGAGGGUCUUGUAAUUCUGAAGAAGAACCCCGACUGGGACGACGGCAAAUAGGUUCCAUCAUUAUGAGAGGGUCGGCUGCGUAUCAGGGGCAGAGGGCAGAGGAAAAGAGACAAAUGUAUAGUAUCAUGGCCCCUCCGGCCUAUAGGGAAGAGAAACGUCUUGACAGACAUAUUCAUAUGAAACCCCCCCAUAGACGAAAUGAAAAUAACCCAAUCAGUGUUAUGUUUCACC